CGCAUUCAUUUUUUUUUAUCUGAUAUUUGUAAUUGAUUUAGUAGAACAAAUAAUUCACCUCAUGCGAUGAAAGGUUUAUAAUUAUCUUGGAGUCCAAAAUAAUCAACUCCUUAAAUACCUGAAUAAGGUAGUUAGACCAUCCUGUAUAACAUGUGGAAUGUUGUCAUUGUCUUGUUUCUAUGGAAAUUAAAUUGCCUUGUGCAUAGAUAGGAUUAUAGAUUAGCUGCUUUAAACGUGACGUCAAAAAAAGUAAUGAUGGCUUUAGUUAAAAGAAGUGAAUCAAUAUACUUUGAAGAUGACCAUGUUGAAAUUUCAAAUUAUUGUGUGGAUCGCACAGAGCAAAAUUUUGCAAACAUCAUCGGGUGCAUCGAAGAUACUCUCAUUAGCGAGAACUUUCUAAAAAUCCAGGCAAAGUUUAUGGAAACCUACUGGAAAGAAUUUUCAGACGAUGAAGAAAAUAAACUGAUUUAUACGGAUAUAUUUCACAAAUAUUUGAUCACUGUUGAGGUCUAUAUAGAAAACGAGUUAGUAAAAUGCGUUCCCACAUUUUGUAUGGCAGAGUUUGAAAAAGAAGUCCAACUAAGAUCAAAUGAGUUAGAUCCUGGAAUUCGCGAAAUUCUGUGUACCUUUUGGGAUUUUGAAAAGUUUAAGAGUAUGUUCUUGGAAUACAAAAAAGUAAAGGAGGGUCGAAGUAUUGAUUUCUCACCAGAUAUUGUAAUAACAAAAUGUGGAAUUAUAAAUGAAUAGUGAUUUAUUUUAAAAGUACUUAGUAUACAAAGUAAUAAAAAUAAUAAUUUAAUGCAUUAAUAUUUCCAUUUGCACCAAACGACUAUUAGUAUCCCCUGGCAUUCUGUAUGGCAACAUUCCAGCAAAAUUCGUUAUAACUUUCGCUUGUGCUCGUAAAUGCGCCAUUUGCUAAAAUAAAAUUGAUGUUAGUAA